AUGUACAACUCCAUCAAUGCUUUCACUUCAAUGGGAGGGAGGGUAGACAGCAGCAUCAAUCGGGGAAAUGCUCCGUAUGUGUUUAGAUUAAAUGGGCAGAACCACCAUAAAAUUGGCUCAUUGCUUCCGCCAGAAGGCCAACAACCAAGGUUCACCCAGCUUUAUAUUUAUGACACACAGAACGAAGUAUCAAACCGGAUAAACAGCCUCGGAAGUGUGGGAGAAAAACCAGAACUAGACCCUGAAAUUGUAGCAGGAUUAUCAAAGAUGUUUGAUGAGCAUAAUGAACUGGCAAAAGUAUUCAGAAUGGCCAGGGAAAGGUUCCACGAGUCUGAAUUACAACCUGUGAAGAUCCGGUUGAUCGGGACAAGAGCAAAAGAUGGAAGACAAUACAACCUCCCUACCACUUCAGAGGUUGCUGCUUUGAUAGUGGGUACAGGUGAUACAGAAAAAGGGCCUAGGGAUGUGAUUAUCGAGGACAAACACUUUGGACUGAAAAGGAUAUCCGAGCUUCACCCAAGUUCCAUGGAAAUGCAAUAUCCGCUUCUUUUUUCAUAUGGAGAAGAUGGAUAUAGGACAGAAAUCCCCCACAAUGAUGCAGAAGAAACGGGCAGACGGGUGAGAACUACAGUCACUAUGAGAGAAUAUUACGCAUUUCGCUUUCAGCAGAGAGAAAAGGAGGCCAGAACAAGAUUCCAAUUGGGAAGACUAAACCAACAACAAGUAGUUGAUGCCUUCACAUGCAUCCAAGAAGGUAGAUUAGAAUGGGUAAGAGGCAACCAAAAAAAGCUACGCAAAGAUGUGCUUCGUGGAUUGGCAGAUGUUGUUUCUCGAGGAGACACAACUCCUGCAUCUGUAGGACAGCGUGUGAUACUACCUGCAUCCUUCACGGGAAGCCCGAGAUUCAUGAUUCAAAACUAUCACGAUGCCCUAGCCAUUUGCAGAUGGGCUGGCCCUCCAGAUUUGUUCAUCACUAUGACAUGUAAUCCAAGAUGGCUAGAGGUCAGGGAAUUCUUAUCCUUAAUUCCCGGACAAAAACCAGAAGACCGACCUGAUAUCAUCGCUCGAGUCUUCAAGAUAAAGCUUGAUGAACUGAUGGUGGACCUCACGAAAAGAAAUAUUUGCGGCCGCACUAAAGCAGUGUUAAGUUCUGGUAUCAAUUACACAGAUCCAUUUUUAUUAGUUAUUCUUGAAAUGGCCGGUUGCUGUAAUCUAGGAACAUUGUAUAUGGAUGGAACAAUAUACACAAUCGAGUUCCAAAAACGAGGUCUCCCACAUGUUCAUAUGUUGUUGUUUUUGCAUGAACCGGACAAACUACGGACUGCAGCAGACAUCGAUCGACUGAUUUCAGCAGAACUACCAGACCCGGAAGAGGACCCAGUUGCAUUUGAGGCGAUAGUCCAAUACAUGACUCAUGGACCGUGUGGUAGCUUGAACCCAAAAUGUCCAUGUAUGCAUGAUGGCCAUUGUACAAAGUACUAUCCUAAAGACUUCAACGACGACACAGUCAUUGGAGAAGACGGUUAUCCAGCAUACAGAAGAAGAAACAAUGGUCGGAUAGCAGAAAAAAAUGGCCACACAAUUGAUAACACCUUCAUUGUGCCAUACAAUGUGGACUUGCUGGUGAAGUAUCAAGCACACAUCAACGUUGAAGUAUGCAACAAAUACACAUGUACCAAAUACCUGUUCAAGUACAUGAACAAGGGUCCAGAUAUGGCACUUGCAACAGUUCAAGAAGUCACAGAUAAUGGAAUGCCAGGAGGACAACACGCCAAUCUUGAACCACCUAGAGACGAGAUAAAAUCGUACUUGCAAUGCAGAUAUGUAUCUGCUGCAGAAGCGUGCUGGAGAGUUUUUGGCUUCCCAAUACAAUAUAAGUACCCCCCCAGUUCAACGCUUAAGUUGUCACCUAGAGGAAGAACAGACAGUGAUGUUUGA